UUGUGUCUGUAUGAAUCGUGAAUAAAGACAAAUAUAUUAUUAUAUUUCGGGUGUCUUCUGCAUUAUUACAUAAUGAUGGAUGUCCUGUGUCUCUGACAGAUCUUGUUUGAGUUUAAUGCGUGUAAAAGAAAUGCUAAAAAACUUAAACAAAGAUGUUGGUGUAUAUUCAGAUAAAUGGCUUCGCUGAGCAUAAGGGAGUCAUUAAAAACAUUGGAGGCUGUUUAGCUAUGAGGUUCCUUGUUUGAUCUUAAGAUGGUUUUAUAAUCAGAUUUUUUCCAUGUUCUCUUCAUGACCUUGCUCUGGUUUCAUACCUCCUUCCCUAAACAUCUAUUAUUGUGGAUUGUCUGUUUUAAAUCAUAAUCUGGCAUGAUGUGGAUUUUUACAGCAUUUUGGCAAAAGCCCUUAUCCAGAGCAGUUUACAGUUAUCUCACUGAGCAAGUGAUAGUUAUGGGGCCUUAGUCAAAGACCCAGCACUUGGUGGUGCUGGGAUUUAAGCUCAUGACCUUCUGAUUCCACCUCUCUAUGGAUAUGUUUAGGAUAAACCUGCUACUGAUGAUAAAUGGAUUGGCUUUUGAUGCUGUAUAAAAGUUUGAAAUAACACAGUGGCACAUCCCAAUCCAGACAUCUCCUGUCUUGCACAGUUCACUGUUAUUCUUGUACAUCUUAGCCAACUAAUCAAAAGAUCUGUGGAUGAAGUGGUUUGUUAGGGCAGGAAACGAAAAUGAGAGCUGUCUAGUUGGGUUAGGGUUAGGGUGUACAAUAUUGAUCAUAAAUGAUAGCGAGCGCCCCCUGUGGCCGAAGGACGCGGUGCAAUUAAGCAGCCGGAAGUUGUUAAACGGAAGUUGGUGAAUGGUUUGAAAAGUGAAGCGGUAUUAUAAAGUAAGUCUUAAUACAAAUGAAUGCAGUUACUCUCAACUCUGGAAAACAGCUUCCUCUCUUGGGUCUAGGCACAUACAAGCUGCACACUUAUGAAGAGCUGUACAAGUCUGUCAGUGCUGCUCUUGAUGCCGGAUAUCGUGCCUUUGACACUGCUGCAGCAUAUGGGAAUGAAGGUUAUCUAGGGCAAGUUAUUAGGGAACUCCUGCCCAAGCAUGGCCUUGCACGUUCAGAUGUGUUCCUCAUCAGCAAGCUUGGACCGGAAUCACAUGGUCCCAGAGCAAAAGAAGGCUGCUUGAGGAGUCUGCAACAGCUGGGUUGUGAAUACAUAGACUUGUAUCUGGUGCACUGGCCAGGAGUUGUGGGUUUAGAUCCAGCAGAUCCUCUUCAUGCCAGGUAUCGCUUGCAGAGCUGGAGUGUCCUUGAGGAACUCUAUGAUAGUAAGAAGUUCAAGGCCAUAGGGGUCUCGAAUUACACCACAAGACAUCUUUUAGAGCUGCUAGAAAGCUGCCGCGUGCCUCCAGCAGUGCUGCAGAUGGAGUGUCACCCGAAACUUGUUCAAAAACAACUAAGGGACAUAUGCAAAGAGGCAGGCAUUCACUUCCAAGCGUACUCCUCUCUCGGAAAAGGUGCACUUCUGAAGGACCCCGAGGUGAAGGACGUUGCUGAAAGCUGUGGACGAACUCCAGCUCAGGUGUUACUCCGGUGGGCCGUUCAGCAGGACAUCUCUGUGCUGCCUCGCUCAUCACAGCCGUUACUAGUUCAACAAAACAGCAAGAUCUUCGACUUUGAGUUAAGCGAAAAUGAAAUGUUGAGACUUUGUGCCCUAAACUGUGGAACUAGAUAUUGUACAAGAGAUUCAACCUCUAUUAAAUAAUACAUUUGUAUCAAAAACUAA